CACAAGGCGGCGGCGUACGCCUCCCCGAAAUGCCAUUAAACCCGCCUAACGUGACGCGCCGCAUAGAAAGAUAGGAUUCAAGAGGAGAUCUUUUUUUUUUUCCGGGCAAUCUUGUGUCUUUACGUCUGGAGCCUGACAAUUUCCUUUUCGGCGCCUGCUUUUGUGAGAAGUCUCCCGCGGAGCGGUUGUCAUACAGGCCGCAGAUUGUGUUCGAGCCGCUGGGAGGAGACCGCUCACGUUCGCCUCCCUGCUGGCGUCGGCUGGCUACGAUGCGUUUUUCGUGCGGCGGGCCGUUGUAAAGCAAGGAAAGCCCCCUGGCUAAUAGCGUUCCCCGACUCAGCCGAAGGGUGAAUAGGAAAGACGGCACGCCUUUCAAGAUGGAUGUCGAUUUAUGCACGGAUGGGGACAGCACAAGGAGAAAAAUGGAUUUGUCUGGGGUUGCAGAAGGCACAAUGGAAGUUGUACCUUUGGAGAUGUACGAUUCUGCAAGAGCAAAAAUAGAUGCCAACCUCCGGUGGCUUUUUGCUAAAGCCUACGGCAUUGACCACAUCCCAGAGGACCUACGGGACCCCUUCUACACUGAUCAGUAUGAGCAGGAGCACAUCAAGCCACCCGUCAUUCGCCUCCUGCUAUCCUGUGAGCUCUACUGCCGCGUCUGUGCCCUCAUCCUCAAGACGGAGCAGGCGGCCUCGCUGCAGUCCCACAUGUCGGUCAUCCAGGCCCUGUCCCGUAAGGGCAUCUACGUGGUGGAGAGCGAUGACACGCCCGUCACAGAGGGUGACCUGUCUUGCGUGCCCAUCAAAAUGAGUGCUCACAUGCCCAUGAUCGACGCCCUGAUGAUGGCCUACACAGUAGAGAUGAUCAGCAUCGAGAAGGUGGUGGCCUCGGUCAAGCGUUUCUCCACUUUCAGUGCCUCCAAGGAGCUGCCCUUCGACCUCGAGGACGCUAUGGUCUUCUGGAUCAACAAGGUGAAUAUGAAGAUGAGGGAGAUCAGUGAGAGGGAGUAUAAAGUCAAGCAGCACCCGCUGGAGUCCCCCAGCCACCAGAAGGUGCGGUAUCGCAGGGAGCAUGCAUCUGGUCGCCAGCUGCCCUUCUUCCCCCUGCUGGAGGACCUGAUGAGGGAUGUUUGUGAUGGGGCUGCACUACUCACCGUGGUUCACUACUACUGCCCAGACAUCAUGAAGCUAGAGGAUGUCUGCCUGAAGGAGGUGCCCUCUAUUGCAGACAGCCUGUACAACAUCCAGCUGCUCAAGGAGUUUGCCAGCGAGUAUCUCAACAAGAGUUUCUAUCUGACCACUGAGGACAUGCUCUACUCACCACUGGUGCUGAAGCACAAUGUGAUGGUGUUCAUCGCUGAGCUCUUCUGGUGGUUUGAGACGGUAAAGCCAGAGUUUGUUCAGCCCAGAGACCUCCAAGAGUUCAAAGAUGCUCGAGCCAUUGCUCAGCCCAAGAGUGCUCGCCCAUCAGUGCCCAUUUCCAAUGCCACCAAACGCAGCUUCCUGGCAAGCCCUAAUGUGGGCGAGGCCCAGAGCAGCUCAGAAGUCUGUAACAGGUACUUCCUGCAUCCUGAAGACUCAGACCCUCUCAAAGGGGGGCCCUCCUUCAGCCCAUCUCACCCUCUCCUACCCCUGAGACAGAGGCAACAAAAGCAGCAGGGAGAGGACGGUGCAGGUCUGAGAAACCGCUCCAACUCCCUGACUCAGAUGGAUGGACAGCCAAGAGGAUCUGUUGUUGCUUGGCCUGAAAAGAGGCAGAGACCAAUGUCAACACUGAACCCCUAUAUGUUCCACUCGGCCACUGACAGUGAUGCUGACAUUGCUUCUGGUGACAGUGUGAGCCUGGCCCGCUCCAUCAGCAAGGACAGCUUGGCUUCCAAUGUAGUCAGUGUCACGCCCAAGCACCAGACCUCUGGCCACCAGCUUCCACAGGCUUCUACACGCAGGGUCAACGGGCAUAGCCUACUGGGCAAUGUCAACAUGGAGGAUGAAGAGGAAACCCUGGUGGCAGUUGCUAGGACUGAUGUUGCCUCUGCAAACAAAAGGGUUGAUGGAAUACAAACAACCACCAUGGUUGGAGCUAAACCCUGCACUGAGACUAAACCAACUUCAGAUAGCUUUUACCUUGAACCGCUGAUGCCUGCUGUGCUCAAACCGGCCAAAGAGAAGUCUAUAUGCCUGAACAAAGAGGAAGAAAGUGGUGAGGUGCCCAGGUCCUCAGGGAGGGGCUCUCUACGUCGAGGAGAUGGUCCUAUGGCAGUUGUUCGGAAAAAAACCACCUCCAGCCUGAACCGGACUUAUACUCCUUCUGCCAGUGAGGAGUUUGACUUGUUGGUGGAGCCUUCCCAGGGACAAGCAAGCUUUAGGCCCCAAAUCACCAGCAGCAUGGACACGUCAUCCAGAGAGCCAGCUGGGGGCUUCUACCUACAUCCUGACUCAGAGGAGCCGAGGCCUGCCUUGGAGCCUGAGCUUGAGGAAGUGGAUGAGGAGGAAGAUGAUCUAGACGAGGCCCUCACCACCAAGGACUCUAACUGGCCCCAGAAAGCCUUUGAUGAGGAAUUUGAUGAAGAGGAGUCAGCAAAACUCCAGGAGGAUAUGAAUGUGAAGGAGCAUGAGGACAAGGACAAAGACAUAAAUAAUGGCAGUGGUCGCUCCAGCCCUUGCCUCAGCACACACUCCCAGGCCAGCAGCAUGGCCAGCAGCAGUGUUCGCAUGACUUCCUUUGCUGAGCGCAAAGCCCACCAGCAGCGCUUCGGCAGCAAUCAUGACCUACGAUCAAGCGCUUCCAGCUCUCAGAGGACUACCCCUGAUGGCUCAGAGAGCAGUGGACCCCUGGCCUCCGCAUGGCGGCUCAAACGGGAUCAAAGUCCCUCCUCGCCACUUGGUGGGGCUGGCCGUGCGGGAGAUGGUAGUGGUGGUGCUAACAUGCUAGCAUCAGAGCUUGUCCAGCUCCACAUGCAGCUUGAGGAGAAGCGACGGGCCAUUGAGCACCAAAAGAAGAAGAUGGAGGUCCUGUCGGCCCGGCAGAGACAGAAGCUGGGCAAGGCUGCCUUCCUUCAUAUUGUCAAGAAGGGAGGUGGCAAGAGUGACACGCUACCCAACCCACUCAAGGCUGACUACUCCAAAGAUGAGUUCAGUGGGGAGAGAGGAACGGCUUCCAAGGAUGACCUCUUUGUUGACACUCAAAGAAGGGAAAAAGAAGCAGAGAUGGCCACCCUACCAGGUGCCUUAGAGACAGAUAAAAAGACUGGCAAUGGAAGCAUCUAUCUGGAUGAGGAAUUAGAUCUUAAUGAAUGCAACCGCUCCAUUGAGUUACUAAACGACGCCAUUGGCAGCAUCCAGCAGCAGAUGAUGCAGCUGUCAUUACAGCAAGAGGUGCUAAUGAAGCAGAAUGUACAGUCACCUCCUGGUGCAGCGCUGCCUCCUCCCCCCACCACCGACAAGACCAAUGACACUAAGAUGUGCACAGCCAUCCAUUUUGUGGAGCCCCUUUCCAGUGUGGGCUCCGCCCCCACCAGGAAGCCUCCUAAGCUCAGCUCAUCCCGAGGGUCUAGAUCUAAACCCGCAGAGCUAAAGGUACCCAAGGAGCAGAGCCGACAGGGCUCCAGGGCCAUCACUCCCACCCAGAGUCUGGAGACUCUCCACUAUACAAAGCAGUUCCCUGGAGGCAGGUCCUCCAGGGCUGAACAGCCAGACAGCCCCCGAACCCCCACAGCUGCAGAGACAAUCGACAAGCCAGGUUCUGGUCAUCAUCGCAGUGCCACCUUCCGGCUUCAAGCUGAAGCUAACCUGCGCCUACCGACCCGAGUGGACCUGGUGGCUGUGGCUGCCCCAGAAUUGUCCUUUGAUGAGUGCCUGACCAGUACCCUGAGAGAGUCCGAGCUCAACUCGUCAGAUGGGUCAGGGAAAGAGCUCAACUCGUCAGAUGGGUCAGGGAAAGAGAAUUUGCCCUUGGAGGAGGUGCAGCGCAACAAAUCCCACCUGAUCGAGGUAGACCUGUCAGACCUGAAGGCCCGUGAGGAAGAAGAGGGAAGCCAGGAUGGAACCACAGAGGGGGGCGAUGGAGAGCAGAAAUCUGUUAUGGGCUUCUUCUUCAAGGAUGAACAGAAAGCAGAGGAUGAGCUGGCCAAGAAGAGAGCAGCAUUCCUCCUGAAGCAGCAGAAGAAAGCUGAGGAGGCACGACUCCGGAAACAGCAGCUGGAGGCAGAGUCGGAGCUCAAACGAGAUGAAGCCAGGCGCAAGGCUGAGGAGGAGCGCCUGCGUAAAGAAGAGGAAAAAACGAGGCGGGAGCUGAUAAAGCAAGAGUACCUGCGGAGGAAACAGCAGGAGAUAUUUGAGGAGCAAGGCCUUACCAAGCCCAAGACCCCCAAACCCAAGCACAAACCGAGACCCAAGUCUGUCUUCAGAGAGGAGUCCGCCAGCGACACGUUCUCCAAGUGCCCUUCUGCCAAGAAUCCACAGCAGGCAUUCUGUUAUCAAUCUGACAACUUGAGCAAUGCCAAGUCAGGCUCCAGUCUGUCCCUGGCCUCUGCUGCCACUAAUGAGGCUGACAGUGUCAACUCUGGAGGGGCUGGCUCCCAACGCUGUGAUUCUGUGGAAUCCUUCCCGGGCAGUCGUAACGCCAGUCGAACCGCUGAGAGAGACUGGGACAACGGGUCCACUGCAUCUUCCAUCACGUCCAUGGCUGAAUAUACUGGUCCGAAGCUAUUCAAGGAACCCAGCGCCAAGUCAAACAAGCCAAUCAUCCACAAUGCCAUCUCCCACUGCUGCCUGGCUGGCAAGGUCAAUGAGCCCCAGAAGAACCAAAUCCUAGAGGAGUUGGAGAAGUGCGAAUCCAACCACCUUAUGAUUCUGUUUCGUGACGGUGGCUGCCAGUUCCGGGCACUCUACUGCUACUUCCCGGACACUGAAGAGAUUCACAAGCUGACGGGUACAGGCCCCAAGAGCAUCACCAAGAAGAUGAUUGAUAAGCUGUACAAGUACAGCUCGGACCGCAAGCAGUUCAUUGUAAUCCCUGCUAAGACUGUGUCGGUCAGUGUGGAUGCCCUGACCAUCCACAACCACCUGUGGCAGGCCAAGAGAAGUACUGUGCCAAAGAAGACCGGAAAAUAGCAGGCUAGGAUUUUUGUUUGUUUGUUUGCUUUUGUCUGGAACCCGUCAUAACCCAAAUCAUCUGCUCCCAUCUUUGCUUGUUUCCUGGAUAGACUGCAUUGACGCCCACGGCCAAGUUUACCAUAAUCUUUGGGCAAGAAACCUGCUCAGGAGAGGCCACAUUUAUUAAUAUGUGGUCCCCUGCAGGUCAUCCCAAGGCGGGGGGAGCAAUGGAAAGGAGUGGUGGGUCACAGAUGGUUCUUUGGGGACUGCAAAAAAGGAAUGCCGUCUGAAUUUUACCAGGAUAUCUUGCCCAUGUGAUGUCGGUGUGAUCCGUUCACGUUCUGCCGGUUGGGUUUUUUAAAAAAAAAAAAUUUCCUGUGGCAACCACAAUGUGAGCAUUUGGUUCUGUUCUCUUUCUCUCAGACAUAUAGUGGAUUUUCAUUUUUACGUGAAGUAUUUAUUGGUUUCGCACUGUCAAGGUGGAGAGCUCGGCUGCAGCACUACAAUCUUACCCCGCCCUCUCAGAAACGCUUCCUUUAUGGACAGAAAAGGUGGGUCCAUUCCACUACAAAUGGAUGGGGGGUCUAGAGAUUCCUGUUGUCCAUUUACAUGUUACAAGACAUCUGUAAGGGACCUGUUUUACAUCCCUUUAGGACUAUUGGAGGGUUGGUGGCCGCACCAAUAGACAAUCUCUCCAAUGUUCGACUAUCUACCCUGUUGAAUAAGGCUGGCAUUGCCGAGUUUUGCCUCAUCGGGGCUCUCCAAACCUGCUGCUGCUGCUCUGAACUUUCUUAUCGUCACCGGGAGCUGCUCCUGUCUCGCCCCGGAAAUCCGUUGGCCUUUUCACACAUCGUGGUACUAUUGUCUAUUUCAGCAGUAUUUCAGCAUGUGCCAUGGAAGGUUUGGGCGGCAUGUGUAGGUUUAUCACACUAACGUAUCGGCACAACAGCUGAUCUCAUUGAAUUACCGCACAGCCUUCAUCUAGAGGGGGGAGGUCUACAUAGUUAAAUGAGCUGGGGUAGUGAUCGGUAUGGCAGAGCUCAUGCACGUCCUUGGCCCUCGGUGACACAUAAUCGGAAACUACCAGUCUAUUUAUUCAACCGCCUUUAAAACUAGAUGCUGACCGUGUAGCACUGGGUGUGUGUGUUGCGACAAAAAGAUGGCAGAUUCAAAGAUGGUCAUUUUAAAUACCCUGCUUCUGUUUCUAUUUGUAUACAUUCUUUCAGUGAGGGUGUCACAAGGGCAAGUGAUAGGCUUUGGUAAUAAAAAAGAUGCUUUUUUUUUAAAUCUUUUUUUUUUAAUAAAUCAAAGCAGCGUGGUAUAGAGUUCAAGCUGAUGUUAUGUGUUUUCAUCAUAACAGAACUUCUCUGAUGUUUAGAGCUUAGUCGUGUUUUCUGUCCCCACUGGGUACUCUUCUUGAAUUGUCCUGUAAAAAAAAAAGAAAAAAAGUGCACUAAUGAACAGGUGUCGAAGGCUUCUUUCACGCAAUGUAAUGCCCCCCCCACGCCCGCACCCCCUUUCCCUGAGUGUUCCCAUCAUACUCCUCCCGGCUUCCCCCGAGAGCGGCAUGCUCUGGUUCUGAAGAGCGUACCGUUUACACCGUAACCAGGAUGAAUGACGGUAUUUCAUAUAUUCACGUUGGCUUACUGUGUUGGGAGGGGUGGGGUGGGGGUGGGGUGGGGACUGUGGUCUAGUCUUUAACUGAUAUUAAAGAACAUUCCUACAAGGUGUCAACAAACACUGCCCCCAUUGUCUUUCUCGUUCUCUCUUUCUGUUGUUCACAUUCAAGUGCUUUUUAGAAAACCAUUUGUUGGCCUCGAGAACAACCAGAAGUGUUGCACGUGCACUUUACUUGCUGACUGCUCUGCAAAGACAGAUGUGAAUCUUAUCGAGUCGUUUAAUUCGUCGCUGAAACUUCACAUCCUGUUUCUGAGAAAAACCGGUGUAAAGUCUGUCAUGGUGGUACGACAUUUGCUCUCGAAUAGUCUGAAUCAGUUUUCUUGAAUCAGGUGACAUCCAGACAUUAGUGGAGCGAUCUGCUUUAGUUUGAGAUAUUGUCACCUGAUUAGAGAAAGUUGUCAAUGACACCUCAAACUGCUUCAGCAAAAGUUGCCCUACCAGAGACAGAUUUUCUCCACCUGUUUUCAUAAAACAAAAAACGGUUGUAGGAUUUAAUAUUGAAUUAAAUAAGUCGAUAAGAGGCGUUUGUCUUUGCAGCGAGGGGAAAAAGUGGAAUUCAUCUUUAAAUGGGCAUACAGAAAAGUUGUGGUUUAAUGAUGGUGUUUUUUCAAAACUGCUGAUUGUGCACUCCUGCAAAGGCAACCUGUGUGAAACCUAACAAAACACUAGGAACUAAUACUGACCAGUCAAAACUAAAGGGCCUCCAUUAAUACUACUGCUGUUUCCAAAAAGUCAACGUAGAAGACUUGAUUUAUCAUUUUCUGCGUUUUUUUUUUUUUCCUUUGGGAUCUAACUUUUAUUGUCUCUAAGUGUGUGUUUAUGUUUACUAAAAGAUUGUAUCGGCAUUGGUCACCAUUUUUAUUAAACUAGUGUACUUUUCAUUGUUGAUUUUAUCCUUGAUCCCAUGCCAUCUAUUUAUUUUAAUAAGGAAGCACUGAAACGGAGUAAAUUUCAAGUGAAUAAAAACACUUUCA